AUGUCUAGUCGAUUUAUCGAUUCUUCACGCGCGGAAAAAUUGGCGACGGUGCUCUUUCUUUCCACAAGCGAAAGUCCAUCGUCGGUUAUCAAUGGCGUGAACACAGUAUCGCUUCAGUCACUCAGCAAAACAUUGCUUCGUUCCGCCAAUUUCUAUGAAGCGCGCUGCUUCAAAGAAUGCGCUGUCAGUAUUAUUGUUCAAGCAAUUGCCGAUCACUUUCGUACAUUAUCAUCAAAAGAAACACACAGCACAGUGCUGAUCAGUUUUAUCUCGCACAUUUCAUCGUCCAAGCCUGUGGUGUUAUCGUCCGACAUCAUGGCCGAGAUCGAAAGUGUCAUGGAUGAAACAUUUACGCAAAUGAAUGAAGAUAUCAAGCAGGAGGAGACCACAAAGUUGGACAAAGUAGCGACCUUAAUCAACUUGCUCCUGUUGAUGCCCAUGGACUACUACAGUCGCCAAGAACGUCAAAACAUUUUAGUCCUGGUUUGCUUGGUGGAUGUGUGGACCUUUUCUCUUGGCGGGGCGGAUUUAAACUGCAAAUUGAAGACAUCGUCCAUUUGCCGAGCACUGAAUGCACGUAUUACUCAGUUUACUCACACACUUGGCUUUUUGAAUCAACGUCCGAAAUUCGUCAACUGGUUUGUGCGAUCCUACGAUUGCCUACAGCGAUCUCUCAAUCAGGAACUGGAUUCGGAACUUUUGCAUUCGUGGAAAUCAGUCAGUAAAAAUUUGGAUCAGCAGAACCUAAGCAUCCUGUGCACAAUGGCGAGUGCAAAAGUAAAAGACGAAAACCAUAUUGUCUUAUUCAAGGAUACCCUCAAUCAACGCAUGCAAUCGCUUCGCGAUAGCAAGGUGGUCUUUGAGAUGAUCAACUUUGAUUCCAUCUUAAACGCACUGGAAGUGUUAAAUAACAAUCUCAAAACGAUUGAUUUGACUCAUGCCAUCUAUGCAUCUGAUUUCAUGAGCUAUAUAGCUGGCUACGUGAAUGAAUCGUUGCAAGAAUUCACAUCCGUGAUAGUGAUGCUGGCGCAAAAGGUCACGGAAAGCGGCGAGGGCGCACAAAAUGAGGACGUCAUGCGCUGUGCCUUGAAUGUUGCUCUGUUUAGACCAGUUUUGGAAGCUACCCGAUGGCUGCAGGAAUAUGCGCAGAUUCUUAUACCUCAUGGUGACCAAGUUGUACAAGCAAAAGAACUGUCCGACAGCUUGAUCGCAGUAGCGUCGCCUUUUAUGCAAUUUUUGCAGGCCUAUCUGGCUCGCAUAUCUGACGAUGUACUGUUCACCAACGCACUGGCCGAGUCUACCAUUGCUUUUGUGGGAGCUUUAUGUGUCACCUUGUCGCGAUAUCAAGAAAUUGAUGCAACCAAACGAAUUCUGGCUACUAUCUGGUUUGUCUAUGGUCUCAUUGCGGAAUCAGGAAAUCGUGUUGCGGUGCAAGCUCUUGAUGAUACAUUCACCUCAUGGUUUGAAUCGUUGCCGAAACAUCAAUUCGAAGUUCUGGUACAGAGCUUCCUUGAGCAAAUUGAAGAAGAGACUGAACGUCGACUGGAUGUUGAACGGGAAGGUCAUCGUAAGAUUUGCAUAUCACUAUUGGUAUCCCUGAUCAAAAAGAGCACAUCAAGCCAAAAGUUCCAGUUGCGCAAAUUAACAAGUCGAAUCGGUUUAUCUUUGAUGAAACUGGCGGAAACCACAACCUCUCUUGAUCUUUUCUGUCGAAUCAUGGACUUGUUAAACUGCAUGGCGAGUGAUCCGUCCCUCGAAUUUUCACGCUAUGAUUUAUCGUUGGUGCUUGCUUGUCUUGUGCAGAUUGGCAGCGAAUCGGCUUUGGACCGUUUCCGAUCGCAGAUGACUCGUACUAUAGCGCAUGAGUUAUUCAACAAGGUGUGCUCCAGUCUGAUGAGUCUUGCUGUCUUUCACCGCGAUCAGCUUAUCAACAACAUGACACCGUACAUGGCACUUUUACAAUCUUUACUCCAUUGUUUCAAAUCCACACAUAUGGCGCUUGUCAGCAAUAAGUCCAAGAAGAAGUCUGGUGAUACUCAAGAAUCCAUGCGUCACGCACGAGUCAUUCCACUUCUUUUCGAAUACGCGCCUCUGGAUGAAUCAUCGGCACACAUCUAUUCACGUACGCUCAAGACAAUACCACGUAAAUCCGAUAAAACGACCAAGAGCAAUACGCAGACAAUCUAUCGGUCUUUAUCCAAACACAUGCCAUACCUGCUUCUGGAAUAUUUCACAAUUCAGACCAAUGUGACCAUGAGUAUCAGUCGUCCUGAAAUCAAAGCCGCGCUGGUUUCCGGAUUGUAUGAUAUUAUGGAUAUGUGCAACGAAAAUGACCGCACGUUGAUCAUGACGUGCUUGAACGCACCUGGCAAGACACUUUUCAAAACAUUCUACACCAACUGGAAGGAAGACCACAAAUACACUGGACAAUAA